AAUAAAGACAGAAUUUGGUAAUAUUGAGAUUUUUAAAUAGCAUAAAAUAAGUUACCGUAUAAUGUAGAGAUUGCUAUGCUGUAUCAUAUUUAAAUGAGAUAUUAAUAAAAUUGUUAAAAUAAUUGACUUAUUGUUAAAUUACAGUUUCAAUUACCAGAAGGUGUUAUGCUUCCGACUUUGCAAAAGAGAGGCCGAGAAAAAUCUGUAUCUCAUGAUAACACGAGAGAAUCAACCACUCAGUUUAUGACAUAUGAAAUACGCAAGAAGAUUGUUGACAAUCUUGCUAACAAGAGCUCCGGACCGCGUGAUAUAACUUGCAUAUGGGACUAUGCCGGUCAGAUGACUUACUACAUUACACACCGGAUUUUUCUCACAGAUCGCUCGUCUUACGGAGUUGUAUUCAGUUUGUGUGAUGAUUUGGAAGAGUUUGCAAAACCAAGAAAUAUUCAUAAAGGACACUUCGAGAUGACUAAUCUCCAAAUGAUCAUAUUCUGGAUAAGGUCGAUUUACGAACACACCGUACUGCUACAUGGCACAGAUGAAAAACCAUUGAUUAUCGGAAAGAUAGCAUCACCACCAAUUAGUCUAAUUGGGACGCAUAAGGACCUACUACCAGGGAGUGAUGCUGAGAAGCAGGCACUGAUUGACGCCAAAUUCAGAAGGAUAUUUAAGGAAAUCGAAGACACACCAUUCGAGAGUCAUGUUGACCGCCAUAUGUAUGCAGUAGCCAACAAUGCAAAAAUGGAUGAAGGGAUUGAGCGAUUAAAAUCAAAUGUUGGUGCUUACAUGAAGGCAAUGGCAAAAACUGUUCCCCUCACUUGGGUGGACUUUCAAACUAAGGUACAAGAAGCUGGGAAGACAACAAUGCGCAUGUCCUUGAAUAAGGUCACUAAGAUUGCUGUGGAAUGUGGUAUUAAGGAAGAAAACCUAAUUUACGUCCUCAAUUACCUGAAUGAUCUUGGAGUCAUUCUGUACUCGCCCACUAACAAAAAGUUGGAGAACACAGUGAUUACUAACAUCCAUAUGCUGAUUGGUGUCUUCAUGAAAAUCAUCACAGAUGUAGAACCUGGUGAUGCUGACAAGGUUCCAGUGAUGGCGAAGUUUUGGCGUAAAUUAGAUAAAGAAGGGAUUCUUCCAGAACCGUUAGUGCGUUAUUUGUGGAAAAAUGAACUUACUGCCAGUGAAGAUGAGGAUGACGACGUCAUCUUUGAAGACUUCAUCGAGCUUAUGAAGGCAUUUGGACUUCUCUUUGAAAAGAAUGCAUCAGAAGAGGACGGUCGACUAUUUGUAGUCCCUUCUCGGAUGAAGACCAAGCCUGAUGAAAGAUUGGAGAUUAAGAAAGACGAUGAGAAAACAGUAUCCAUCUAUGUGACGCCUAAAGACUUUCUCCCCGACGCGGUCUACGAUAUCUUGGUCGUUAGAUUUGUGAACCUGAGUCAGGAUAGAGGUUGUUUUGAUGGUCCAAAGCUGCUGUUUCAGAAUAAAUCAGAAAUAGGAUUUGAUGAUAAUCAUUACCUGAGACUUGGACGGAUAUUCAUUGAUAGCAAGCAGUGUUUAAAGCUUGAAAUAUCCCGGAUGAAAGAACGAGAGGCAGACGGUGCAGACAAGCCAGCACGCAAGCCACAUCCCGACAUCUGUAAAGAGGUUUUGAAUGUUUUAAAGAAACACCUAGAUGAAGUAUAUCCGUCUAAGAGAGUUGUUGGCUAUGUUUUGAACAUACUUUGUUUAGUCUGUUCAACUCCGGGAAAACCACAUUUUCAAGAACUUGAAAAGUGCUUAAAGAACAAGAAUAUGACUUGUGAUAAAACAGGUGAACGUAUAGCGAUGUCAACAGCUAAUGUACAGAAUCUAUUUGUAGCAGAUUCGCCUGUUGAUAACAAAAGAAAAAUAUCAGACUCAGACCAACUUGUAGUGAAAAAGCUCAAGACUUGUGAUAAAACAGACAAAGAAAUAGAAUAUGCAGAAGGUGGUUCUGUUGUACACCCAGUACAGUCGACUGAGCUCAUGACCUCUGAUAAAACAGGUCAACAAGUGACAAUGGAAACAGAUGAUGUACAUAAUAAAUGUGCAGAAGCAUUGUCUGAUUUCAAUGUACUUAAAGCCAUUGUUUCAAGUUGGUAUGACAAUCUGCAAAGUCUUCCUAUGCUGAAAGUGUUGUUCAAAGACAAGGUAGAAAAUGAAGAGCAAUCAAAAGUAACGGACACAAUGGGAUUGUUGAAUAUAUUAUCUGCACGUGGUGAUCUGAGUCCACAGAAUCUUGGACUCCUGUGUGAUACUAUUAGCGUAACCAAACAGUUUGGUGUUUUAUCGAAGAUUAAACAAAAACUGCCAUCAUUCCCAGAUGUUGAGGAAGAAACCAUUUCAAAAACAUUCACAUCUCACAGACAAAAGCUAAUGAAAUUUGGAAUGGUACUGACCCCAGCUGAUGUGAAGCAGAUCGAUGGGUUGUAUAAUACGCCUCGUAAGGACUACGCAGACGUCUGGAGUAUGAUCACCGAUCUGGAAAACAGACUGAUAAUCAGUGAAGGAAAUAUGAAGGAGUUCAUUGAUUCCCUGGAAAUCGUUAAUCUCAGUCUGGCAAUAAACGCACUCACACCAUGAAGGUCUGUAUGUCUAAUCUACAGUUUGGACCGUCAGCUGUGCCCCUUCUCAGUUAUUGUAGACUUCUGUUGUUACCAGAAGAAAACUUUAGACCAAGUACAAUCCAACGAGCUCAUGACCUGUGACUCAUGAACAAAUAGCAACGGAAAUAGAUGACGUACCUUACAUAAUGUGUAGAAGACUUCUGUUGUUACCAGAAGAAAACUUUAGACCAAGUACAAUCCAACGAGCUCAUGACCUGUGACUCAUGAACAAAUAGCAACGGAAAUAGAUGACGUACCUUACAUAAUGUGUAGAAGGAACAAGGGAUUUCCAGGUUAUGUUGAUACAAGUAUCAAACUGGUACGAUAAACACGAAUCGACAAACAUGCUGAAAUUAUUGUACAAAGAUAAUUGAACAUUGCCGCUGAUCUUCUACGAUCCACGACCACGUUUGACUUCAAUUUAUUGAACCGCAAUUAAAGUCUUAAACCGAUCGACCUUAAAAUCCUAGUGCGAUUAUUGAUACCGGAAAGUGUUAUGGAAGGGAAAGUCAGUGAUCUACUGUGUAAUGCAUUUUACGAAUUCAAUGGGACGUCAUUCUAAAUUCAUAGACAGGAUCAGAUCAAACUCGGUUGAGUAAUAUCGCAAGAUGAGGUUAAGACACUGGGUAGUCUCUACUAUUUACCGCCGAGUCAAUAACAAGACCAGUGGACUCUGAUAUUGAAUUUGGGGAAAAAUGAGAGUAAUACGUAGAAUCAAAUGAUUCAUUGAUGAUCUGAAGAACAUUGGACAGAACCAAGCAACUACAGAAUUAGAAAAAGAAGAAGAAUCUAUGACGACAUCCAUGAUGACAUCAUAGACGACUGAAUGAAUGAAAAAGCGAAAUGUACAUCUCAUGAGCAGGAAAGGAGAUGAAAAUUGAACCAAGCUCAGAACCAUUCAAUAAUAAUUGGACAAAACAAACUGCUAUUAACUAUUGUUAUAUUAUUGUACAUUUGUAUAUUUACUGUUAAAAUUAUUAAUCGAAAAAUUGAUCAUGCUUGACAAAUAUCUCAAUAUGUUGGUCAUGUAUUAUAGGAUACAUACAUAUAUAUAUUCAAUAAAAUAACAAACAAGAUGGAUAAUUUGCCUCAAGUGAUAUAUAUAUAUAUAUAUAUAUAUAUAUAUAUAUAUAUAUAUAUGUAACAGGUAUGCUUAUUAUACCCUAUACCAUUAAGUAUUUAGUCUGCUGAAUCUGACCUUCUACCAGUGGGCAACCUUGUGUGACCCAUUAGAUUAAGACUUUGGAUAAUAAAUAACCACACUAAAACAGAUGAGUCAAGGCAUCACCUCAUCCAAGUGGCGGGAAAAGGUUAAUGAAUAUUUAGUAUAUAAUGUUACAGAACGGUCCAGUUCAUAAAUGGACAAGGGAUAUUGUCUCUUCAUGGUUUCUAUUAUAAUUUCAUUUUUACAAUUAAUUUAAGCUUUAAAAUACUCAUGUUACCUGUAUAAGCUUGAUAUAUGACAUACAACAUUGUUCUGGGUACUGAUCAAUAUAGCAAAUGUAGAUACCAUCAGUUGGUAUUAAUUGUCAUGGUUACCCAAUUGAGAAUGAAUGACACUUACCAGUGCCUAGCCCAGGGCGAAGGUUUUCAUCUCCUUCCGACUGGUCACUAGGUAAGCAUCUAUGUUUUUAUUUCUCUUGAUUUUUGUUAAUAUUACAUAGUACUAGAUUAUUCGUAAUUCUUAAGUUAAAUGGUUGGAUAUAUUGUAAUCACCAUUCUGUGAGUAAUAAGUUCGGUUUUCAACAAUCUCAAUAAUAAUAGUUACUAGUAUUGACGAUUGAUUUUAGGUUAAUAUGUUAAACGUUAUGCUAGACACAACGCAAUGGUACUUUAGAUUAUGAUCAAUAUGUUAUGCAAUUGUCACCAAGACAAUUUACUUUAAAUGUUAUGAUUUUUAAUCAUAAGUUGUAUUUAAAAGAUGUACGUUAUCGAUAAUAUUACAAUCGCUAAUAUUGAAUAUCGAUGAAAAUACUAACACAGUAUUUUUUAUAUCUCCUUCCGACUGGUCACUAGAUCAAUAAAAGUAUUUCAACAUCCACCAACUGAGAACGGCCUCUGUUGAUUUUUAUUGUGUCUGUGCCAGCGCUGCAGCUUUGGAUUUACUACGCGAUACGACUACGAGCUAGUACGAACCUGUCACAUAUAUAUAUAUAUACACUGUAUUGUUAUCUAUGUUCCCAGUGCAAGCAACAACUUGAUUUGAAUAUUUUUUUCUAUGAUUUAUCAGCUGCUACUAAGCUAUUACAUAUCUUAAAAAUUGGCUAGCCUAAGUGUGAACCUUUAAGUGGUAUGGAAAGAUUUUUAAUUGUAAUUAAUUAAUUUUAAUUAAUUAAUUUUAAUUUUAAUUAAACAACUUGAUUUCUUGCUUCGAACAAGGUAUCCAUUCGUAGAAGUCUUAUCCAAGUGAAUAUAAAAGGGUCGGGGACCAGCACAUAUCUUUGAAUUUAAAUUGGCAAAGGUAGAAGUAUAUUAAAUACAAACACAAUGUACCAUAUACAUAAUACUGUAGGCAUUUAAAACGUAAAAGAGCGUAAUUUAAAAGUAAAUUUAAUGAAUGUAUGAUGUAAUAAGUAAUAUGUUAAUUAUAAGAACGCAAAAAAUAGGAAGAAUAGGAAAGAAACUUGGAGCGGCUGAAAUAUUUACCGAAAACAAACAAUAAUAAUAAUGUCACCUUUCAAAAGCAGAACCAGUUUAUAAAUAUCGAAUAAAGAGUAUUGUCUAGUAUUA